AUGAAAACAAAGAUCGCGAUCGUUGGUGCUACUGGGGAAACUGGAGGGUCGAUUGUCAAUGGCCUUCUCGGAUCCGAAACCCAAUUUGAUAUUACGGCUUUGGUGCGACCAAGCUCAGCUGAAAAGCCAGCGACUAUCAGCUUGAAAGAAAGAGGCAUCAAGAUUGUGCUAAUUGAUCUUGGUGGAAGCCAUGACGAGCUGGUAGCUGUGCUUACUGGGAUUGACACAGUCAUCUCGGCCAUUCACUUUCAAUCACUUGAUGAUGAGAUUCCAUUGUCAAAUGCAGCUAAAAAAGCUGGUGUGAAGCGAUAUGUGCCCUGCUUCUUCGCUACCAUUGCACCUCGCGGUAUAAUGGAUGCUCGCGAUAGAAAAGAGGCAGUCCUAGAUCACAUACAGCGUAUUUAUCUCCCCUACACUGUUAUUGAUGUGGGUUGGUGGUACCAGAUCACUCUGCCCCGAGUCCCGUCCGGCAAGCUGGACGAAUGCCUCGUCUUCCCCAACAACAAUAUCAUCGCCGGCGGUGACAUCCCUUCUGCGCUCACGGAUAUUAGAGACAUCGGAAAUUACGUCGCUGCCAUAGUGGGCGACCCGAGAACUAUCAAUAAGAGAGUAUUAGCCUACACAGAGACCAAGACGCAGAAUGAAGUCCAUAAAUUGGUGGAGAAGGUGCUUGGUGAGAAGCCAGAGCCUACUACUUUGUCAAAGGAACAGCUCGAAGAAAUGCUAGCACCUUUCAGAGGAUCCACAGAACAGAACCAAAUGCGAAGUAUCUACGAGUACUGGAUGUCUUGGGGCGUGCGAGGCGAUAACACGCCGGAGAACGCCGUUUACCUUGGGUAUGUUCUUGCAAAGGACUUGUACCCCUCCCUCCACGCUAGAAGUCUAGAGGAGUUCAUUAAGGAUGCUGCUGAAGGAAGGGUCAAGAAAGUCUACCAACAGUGACACCCUAGUUGUUAGUGCAUUGGAUCCAUCGUGUAAUAGCGCUUAGUUAGCCGAUAAAAAAUGCUAAGAGGGACA